ACCAGCUGCAUGGACUUGGGAGUCAAAUGUGAAUCAAUACUUCAGUGUCCCAACACUUCCCUGUGGGUAGAGUAAAAUACAGCUUUAGAAAGACAUUCUUCCUGGAACAAGUCUUCAGGCAAUAUGGGAAGCAAGUUUAGCAGAAUAGCAGCCUGGUAUAACAAGUAUAUCAAGCAUGAGAGGGAACCCGCAAUCAAGCUCAUAGACCCUGUCUUUCACCACCAUAAAAUCAAAACCUAUGGCUUUGAGCUGAGAGAUUCAGAGCUGCCCCUGGAGGACAGAGCCAUAGCUGCAUUCUAUAUUGGACUUCUAACUUACACAGGUGGUGUCAAUGCUGCUUUGCUUGCAUCAGAAUACAUUCAGGAUAUGAUCAAUAUUUUGCUUAUGCCAGAUACUUCUGGGGAAGUGAGGACCUAUGUAUUAAAAGGGUUGUGUGGCAUUUGCUACCUAAGCUACUUAAACCAAAAUGAAGCCAAAGACAGACAUCUUAUGGAAAUUCUCCUUGCUUAUCUGGAUGAAGAUGAAGACCCUGAAGAUGAUGACCCUCUAGAUAUAAUCACUAUGAAGCUCUGGGUUUGCUACCUUAUGACUGUUGUCUGCUGCAACAACAUCCCUUAUCUCAAGUUAUUUAAUGAAGUAGGUGGCCAAAAGCUACGUACAAGUCUGGAGUCCCUGGCUAAGAUGGAAUGGUUUAGCUGGCCGCAAAACUAUGCCAAGUUAAUGCUAGCACUUCUAGCCUACCAAGAACAGGUAAAAGAAUCACUUAACAAAUAA